ACCUGAGGGUGAGUGACGUAAGAAAACAAGAAAACUUUCCUGAAUCGGUGAAGCAUAGGUGGCUCACUACGGCUCGAGCGAACGUGCGUAGACAUAUUGACCACAUCGUUCGGUGGAUACUGGAGGAUUGUUAGCCUAAAAUUGUUCGAAUAUACUGCCAGGAUUAUACGUGUCACUCUGUAGAAGUUAAUUUAUGUUUCCUGCUGGCAAAUCGGACACGCCCAAUGCUCAGUCAUAUGUUUCAAAUUUCAAUACAAGCGAUAGUUUAAACAGAGUCAAAUGGUGUGUGCAAAAACAUCUACACCCACCAUUGUCUACAGAUUGUAUACCCACAGAGGCCAUUAGCCCGUAGCCAAACACUGCUAUGUAGAGCUGCAGUUUUGAUUGUAAACAUUCAGAUAAAAGAAAGCCUGAAGAAGUGUGCCAGUCUGCAAUUCAAAGACAUACAGUCCUGCUGGGGAAGUUUCGCAGAGGAAUACAAAUAUCGGAAACUAUAGGCUGCUUUUUGAAAAGAAGUACAGAAAACUAGUUUUAUAUAGGAUCACAAACCUAUAUUGCAUUUUAAAUAAGGGAGAACCAAGUUGAAAACUAAUUCUGCCUUUCAGCUAUAGGAACAAGUCUGCAUCGUUCUUUACUGCUCUUUGAAUAGGAAGGUGACUGCAGGAACAUAGCUAGCUUUGCAAAGAACAACACUCAAUUUCAUAAAACUUAGUCAUUUCAACGGCUGUUAUUUUACAGAAAAAAUGCACGGGGUGUGGUACAAGCAGCGGUCACCCCAUGAACGUUUACAGAACAAUGUUACAAAUCCGGGAUAUGUAUCAAAGAUUCCGCAAGGAAACACCUGUUCUCCUUCUGAAGCACUCAAAAAGAUGGAAUUCUUGGACCAUGUUGAUAAUGUAGUGAUAAAUGAAUUUUUCCAGUUGGAGACAGACUUACCUGUUGAAGACACGAGGGUAAAUGAUUUUAUAAGUGUGGAUAGUGUUGUAUUAAAUCCAUUCUUUGGUAUGGGAGUCCCUGACUACAAUGCCAUCAGAACUCCCAAGAUGGAUAGAUCCGACAUUUCAUCCCGACACGCAAAUUCAAACAUGGUAGAUGAAUACCCCUUACACAGUGCUGCAUUUGAGGGAAAUGUUGAAGCUAUUAAACAGAUCCUGUCAAUGGGCUACUAUGCGGACCAGCCUAACCAACAGACCUGGGCACCCAUCCAUUACGCCGCUUAUAACGGCAAGACCGAGGCUGUGAAAGCUCUUUUGCAUUUUGGAAAGGCAUCACCUAACAUUGAAAAUGAAGACGGAUCAACACCUUUACACUUCGCCGCUCAAAGGGGCUUCACUGAUAUUCUGAAGGUUCUCGUUGCUCAUCGAGAUAUUGAUCUGACUGUCAUGGAUAAAGAAGACAGGACAGCACUAAUGCAAUGUGAAGAAAGGAAGGAUAACGAUUGGGAAGGAUCAAUAAAAAUAUUGAAGGAAGCCAUGAGAAAACCGCCUACUAAAGUGGAUGUUCAUCUGAUGGAUCUGGAUGGCUCACAUGUGGUGCUAGACGUUGUAGCUGGUAGCAACACAACCGUUUCCCAGCUGCUCAAACAAUUGGAACUACCUAAAGGAUGCCACCAUGUGUUUGCUAUUUGGAUUGCUUCACAGAGUCUGCAUCUCCAGAUGAGGCCAGAGCAUAAGCCAAUCCUUCACAUCAGGCAGUGGGAUGCAAUCGUUAGACAGCUUACCAAUUACAACCCAGAAACAGAACGACCAGUACUCUACCUACGACGCGAUGCCCUCCUAUCCCUCAAUGAUGAAAGAUUGAUAAAGGAUCCACAAGCAAUAAAGAUGCUAUUUGAUGAAUGUUUGUUGAAUGUCCUCAAGGCAAUGUACCCUUGCUCAGAUGGAGAUGCUGUUCUAUUAGCCGGUAUAUAUAUGCAGAUUGUUUAUGGUGAUCAUGAUCCAAAAAAACAUAAAGCAGGCUUUUUAAACAAUAUCAACCUGAGGCAUUUUAUACCAGGAGUGAAGUUGGAAGCCAAAUCUCAAAUAAAUAAAACUGCAAACUGGGCACAAAGAAUAUCAGCAGAACACAAGAAUGUAACCAGUAAAGGCAUUAGGGAUAUUACAAAACUUCAACUUAUGUAUCUUGAGCAGUGUAGAUCUUUUGUAAUUUAUGGAUCAGCCUUCUUCUUUGGAUUUGCCCAGAUGGGGGCAUCAAGGACCAGGGGAACCCAACGUCCCCCUGUUGCUGUGUUUGUAGGAACAAAUUCUAGGGGUAUACAUGCCAUCAAUGCAAUUAGCAAGGUGAUGUUGUUGAGCUGUCCGUAUGAGCAGGCCAGCUCAUGGAACUGUUCGUCCGAUAUGAAAUCCUUCCACCUUAAGUAUCGUGACAGCACAGGUAGCCAUUCUCUGAUCGUUAAGACCAAACAGGCUGCCAUUAUCUGUAAUCUCGCCAACAAACUAUCUGGAAGGUUCAACAAAGACGACCAAUCAGGGAACUCCUCUCAAAGAGGUCACUCAUCUUUUCGAAAAUAAUGUGAUGUGAUUUCUUAUUGGCUAGCUCUAAUGCUCUAUAUGCAGUUAAUAAUAAGAGUUUAAUAAGAAAGAGAUUGAGUUUAAUAAGAAAGAGAUUAUUUUAUAGGUAUAUUUAUAACAAUGAGAAGAUUUAAUUAGGAUAAUAAAACAAUGUAUUAUUAUGUGAAAGUGACUAGUGCAAACCUUGUACACACAAAAGGAAUUGUAUGCUCAACAAAGAGCUAUCAUAUAUGGUUAGUAUUGGAUGCAGUGCUGGUGCCAGUGGAGGUCCCAGGAGGGUAGACAACCCCCUACGGGGGAACCCUGGAAGCAGAGAACAUUGCUUAGACUCCAGCUUAUUGAAAGAUCUUGUAUGAAUCUUCACGGCACCACACAGGCUGCUUAAAAAUUUUGAAAACGCACUAAAUUUUUUACAUGUUUGUUUGAUAAUUGUCGCUUUUUUU